GCUGUUGACCUCGACGGCGCGGUGCCGAAGAACAGAAAGAACAAAGCCCAAAAAGAGCACAGCAGCGAUGGGAAAGUACGCGGUCGUUGUUAUUGGACCGGCGGGCUCUGGCAAGAGCACACUGUGCAGCGUCCUUGCGGAGCAUUACACCAGCAUGCACCGCUCCACACACAUCGUCAACAUGGACCCUGCGGCGGACGAGCUGCCCUACGAGCCGUCGAUUGACAUUCGCAACCUCAUCUCGCUAGACGACGCCAUGGAGGGAAAAGGACUUGGGCCAAAUGGUGGACUUGUGUUUUGCAUGGAGUACCUUGUCACGGCCGGUGCGACGUGGGUGUCCCAGCAGCUCGGCGACUAUGCGGAGGACUUCAUUAUAGUUGACAUGCCAGGACAGGUGGAGGUGCUGUCGAACCAGCCGGCCGUGCCAGCGUUCGUGCGUCUCCUCCAACAAGAAGGCUAUUACACGACGGUGCUGUACCUUUUAGACGCCUUGGCGACCACGGCAGACAGCGGCAAGUUCAUUGCGGGCUGCAUGUUCUCCUUGUCGAGUAUGGUCUGCUUCGACUGCCCUUUCAUCAACGUGCUGACCAAGUGCGAUUUGCUGAGUAAAGAGUUCAAGGAAAACGGCGUCCUGGAGCACUUCUGCAUGUGCGACUUUGACUACAUGGACCUCUCGCGCCUGCCUCCGCGCUUCCGUGCUAUGUCUCGCCAGAUUGGUGCGUUGCUGACCGACUUCAACCUUGUUACAUUUAGGCCGAUGGACAUUGAGGAGGUGGGCUACAUCAGCAACCUGUGCAGCCUUGUGGAUGAAACCCUGCAAGUCGCAGACGAGGCGGAGGUGCAGGACCACGAUUUUGAGGACAUGUAA